AUGCUGUGGUGGCUUGUGGUUGGCACGCUUUGUGCCACAACUGCAGCUCUUCGCCUCCAUCAGCACACUUCAUCCCCUGAACAAUGUGUCGACCUUCAAUGCCCGGUCAUGUCAUUUGAUUAUGGCCGAAAAAAGCUGGUAAACGAGGAAACAUUGAGUGAGGAGCCGUGCAGGAAUUGUCAACAAUGUACAGCUGCUGGAUAUAGCGUUUGCCUGAAGCCGAGGGUGCUAAAUCGAGCGAAACGACAAGCCACAUUACAACAGAUGCCGACCUGCUCCUGCGCCCAUUCAGUCCCAGCCAAUUGCCACAACGAACUCUCCCGUACCACCCAUCCCGCUAAUAUCACCAUGCAACUCUAUAAUGUUUGCUAUGCGUCAUCUCUCCAAGCUCCUGCCGCUCCUCUAGCCUUAAACUCGCCAAAGAGCGUCAUUGUGACAGUGGAGCCAUUCUGGGAAGAACCGUAUUGGAAAGAAUUGGACUUGGAGAAUCUCACACUCACAUACAAUUACAAUGUUAAGGUCCCAGAGCAUUGUGAUGGUGAUUUGACGACAAAAGAGAUCGACGGAGACGCAAUUCACACAUGCACGGCACAACUGAAGAUCGGAAUGAAUACUGAGGAUCGAACGGGAGAAGAAGAUUAUGAACAUUCGGAGAACUCAAUGUACGACGAUGAUCUUCCACCCGAAGUCGACUUUGACCGUGAUGUUUUUGCCGGCGCAAAAACGGUCAACUUCUCGUAUAAAGUGAGCGUGCGACGGCCAAGACAACUCAAAGUUCGGCCUGGUUCAUCAGAUCCAUUUGAAGACACGGGAACGGUUGUCGAAUCGGAAACUCUCAUUCAUGAGAUGAAACCCGAGAUUUUUGGAAAUGGAAUGGAAGAAGCUAAAGCUAAAUCUCAAAAAGGAGAGGAAAAAGAAGAAGAGAAAGAGGAGGAGAAAGAGAAAGAGAAAACACAUGAUGAUACACCGACGGAGGGAGAACAAGAAGAAGAGGAAGCGAUUAGUGAAGAGGAGGGAGAAGGGCCAGAGAACUUGCCGGGCACCGAUUUCUUUAGUGAUGACAAAUCAAAGGAUAAGAAAAUGACGGAUGAAGAGAAAAAGGAAGAGGAAGAAGAACAGAAAGAGGAAGAGAUUGAGGAGAAAGAGGCUGAAGAAAUUGGAGAAGAAGAAAGGAAAGAAGAGGAGAAAGAAGAGAAAGAGGAAAUGGAACAGAGGGGGAAAGAAGAGAAUGAGGAGGAGGAGAAGGAGGAGAAGGAGGAGAAGGAGAAGAGUGGAGAUGAGAAGACGAAAGAGGAGGAUGGAGAAGAGAAAGACAAGGAGGAAGAGCAUAAGGAAGCCGUCAAGGAGGAAGAAAAGGAUGAGAAAUCGAAGGAAGAAGAAAAAGUGUUGUCAGGAGAUGAUGAAGAGAAAAAAGAAGAAGAUAAAUUGAUUGAUGAAAAGGAAGAGAAAGAAGAAAAGGAAGAAAAAGAAGAAAAGGAAGAGAAAGAAGAAAAAGAUGAGGAAGAAGAAAAGAAAAACGAGGAAAAUGGAUCGGGAAGUGAUGAAGGAGAUGAUGGAGAAGGAGAUGAAACUGAAGAAGGGAAACAAUGGUAUCAACACAUCAAAGAUUUCUUUGCCACUGAGCCUCGAUUGAAUUUGGCAAGAUGGGUGUUUAUUGUGACGAUUGUUGCGUGCACUCUUCUGAUUUGCACUGUGUGCUUGAGGAGACGAUGCAUGGCGAGGAAUAAGCGCCAUCAAAAGACAGCAAACGGAGUUCGCUACGAGGCCACAGCCACUUCGUCCCUUCCACAAACUUCUUCUGAUAAACAUCACAGUGGACAUCAAUUGGAAAAUCCCCUCAAACAACCGCUCAUCGAUCCCGAGAUGGAAAAAGAGGGAAUUAUGGAGACGAGUAUCGAUGAGCUCACAUACAGAUACAACUCAACAACUCUUUCCUUGAAGAACCUAGCAGCGAAUGAUCUCGAGAUUUGCGCGCUAAUAGGCCGAGGUCGUUUCGGGUCGAUUCAUCGGGGAAUGCUGCACACAGAAAGGGGUGGAAUGAGAGAUGUCACUGUGUAUUGGUUACAAGCCCCCGGUGCACUCUCAUCGAACGAAAUGAGAGCCUUGGUAAGGGGACUCGAAUUGGGAGUCCAAUCAGCUACCUCAUCCACUCAUAUCUCUAUUCAUGGAAUAUCAUAUAACAAUGAAGCAAGCCUUGUUGUAUUGGAUCCUUUAUGGGAACCCGAUUUAAGAGCCGUUCUCCGUGAGUCAAGAAGUGCUCGGUUUGCGUCGGAAAAUCUGCGAUCUGCCUCUUUUCUCUCAGCUGAACGUUUAUUUUCAAUUAUGAAAGAGAUCUCGAUUGGUGUGAAAACAUUGGUGUCGAAAAAGGUUUUCCAUCAGAGUCUCUGUGCGGCGAAUAUUCUCGUCGGAGAGAGAGGACAUAUAAAAAUCAGCGGCUUCGGACUGGCCGAGCAUCGGUCCUUGACGGCGAGAAAAGACGAGAAGACUCCUCGUUUAAUCCGAUGGCAAUCCCCUCGAGUACUCAAUCUUCAAACAACAGAAACCCCUCGAUUCGAGGAAGCCGAUCUCGUCUGGUCACUCGGAAUUCUUCUAUGGGAAAUUGCGUCUUUAGGUGGCACGCCUUAUGCGAAAAUUCGAAACGAAAGCGAGUUGCGAGUGAGAAUACCGAAUGAAACGGCGAAAAUCGAGCAUCCAUCUUAUGUCGAUUUACCAUUAAGACAAUUGAUUGACGAAUGUUUGCAAGUGGAUGCGACAAAAAGAAUCGAUCUCGAGAGUCUCAUCAAAAGGAUUGAGUGUCUCACGUUGGAGGCAUCGAAACAACUCCUUUUGGUUCUCCCAUUCGACUCAGAGCCUCCAUCAGACACUCCGAGAAGAACGGGAAGCUCAAAUCGAGCUGAGACUUUCGAAUAUUCACCCGUUGUGCUUCCAUUAGAA